CGAUGGAAGAAUCAUUAUUCUCGUGAUCCGCUCUUCGCAUGCGAAAUGCCAAGGCCAUUUCUUCACUGCGUGAGAUGGUCGGAUUUCGGAGUUAACACUCUCCGUGCUCCGACUUGGAGUAAGUUGCCAACAACUUUUGUUCAUCUAACAAAACGCGGUGCCAAAGUGAGUUGUGCAGAGCCAUGGAUCACGCAUAUUUCGUGUUGUGUUUCGAUUCGACUGAGCAUAAUCCGAUCGAGCGAAUCCAAGGGCAGACCGUUGAAUUGGAGACGUGGUGAUGACGGCAGCGGGCAAGCGGACAAGUAACACGCCAACUUGCAGGGGCCGCAGCAAGGAACCAGCCCACCGAAGCGCCCGGUUAUUGGUCGCGUCAGGCUGGACUUAUCUGAUGAAUCUGUCGAAUCCCGCCGGAAUCCGUUGAAUUGGCGCCAGAUUCAAUAAUGAUUAGAAAUGCUGUCAGCCAGGUUCCCCAAUUUCAAACAAAAACCUUAGGAACCCACCGAGGAAGCUCGACCAAGUGCCCUUCGCUUUCAGCGUCAUCGACCCCAGAAACCUUCCCACUUCAUCCCCCAACACCAGAUGGGUACGGCCAGCGGUUUAUCCAUUGUAUCCCCAUUUCUUAUUGUUCAAGUAGGCGGGAAACAUUCGCAAUGACUGCACGCCAGAAUUCCGACCCCGGACCGGCCCUCGAAGAGGCCAUGCCCGAUCAUGAGCAGACCCCUUUGCUCCCGCGCGAGUCUGCCACAGAGACGGCCACGACGCCGCUGUCCUACCGGAGGGGAAUGACCAUUUUGCUCGCCAUGGGGAUCCUGAUCUUCAUUCAGGCGAUCAACAUGUCCAUGAUGACCACGGCACAAUCCGAGAUCGCGACAGAUUUAGACGCCUUUGGAGAAACCACAUGGUUCAACUCGGCAUUUAUGAUUGCUGCCUCCAGUGUCACGCCUCUCGCCGGACGGUUAAGCCAGAUCUUUACGCCCCGGGUCUACGUUCUCUUCUCAUGCGUAUUGUUAUCAAUUGGCCUCUUCAUCACGGCUGGAGCUCCAAAGUUGUCUGUCUUCCUAGUCGGUCGAGCUUUUAGCGGUGUCGGCGCUGGCGGCCUAAUGAUUACUGGUAUCAUCCUGACCUUGGACUUGGUCAAUAAGAAGCGCCGGGGCGUAUUCAUUGGUAUCGUCAAUUUUGGAAUGACCAUUGGGGUCUCACUGGGAGCUGUUCUGGCUGGCGCUAUCGCUCCAACCCUUGGAUGGCGACCUAUUUUCUGGGUCCAGGCACCGGUGGCCUUGGUCUUAGGUCCGGUUCUGUUCUUCGCCAUUCCGUCGCACCAUACUCACGAAGUUGGCGAUUUAAAGACCGAUUCUCUGCGAGAGAAACUCAAGAAUGUCGACUAUGCCGGAGCAUUCUUUUUGGCACUGUCGAUAUUCCUCCUAUUGUUCAGUCUCGCCUCGCCAGUGAUUCCGAUUACACCAAUCAUCUUUAGCGCGGUAUUCUUCGUUAUCUUCUGGGUCAUCGAGUCACGAUUCACAUCGGAACCUAUCGUCCCGACAGAAGUGCUGAAGACUCGAAGCGUCCUCCUCACCUGCCUAGCCGCUCUCUCAGCAAUGACUGCCCGCUGGGCCGUCCUCUUCUACUCACCAGUCUACGCAAUGGCCGUCCGGGGCUGGUCCUCCGCCUCUGCAGGCCUAAUCCUUGUCCCCACGAACGCAGGUUUCGGAAUCGGGGGUCUCCUCGUUGGAUGGCUACACAUCCGUCAUGGCGAGAGCUACUACCUAUCCAACGUCCUCGUCUACCUCCUUUUCGCACUCUCUAACCUCCUUCUCUUCACCCUCGCAACGCCCACCUCCCACACAGCCGCCUACGUCGUCGCCAUGUUCCUCAACGGCUCCAUGAUCGGCGCCUCGAUGAACUACACCUUUAUCCACAUCCUCCACCUCACAAAACCCUCAGUGCACUACAUCGUAACCGCCCUCGUCGGAAUGUCGCGCGGCUUCGCAGGCAGUUUCGGCUCAGCAAUGGGCGGCGGAUUCUUCCAGCGCGAACUCAAAGCGGGCUUAGAAGACGGCUUCGCGAAGCAUGGUCUCACGGGGAAAGAUGCACUCAUCCAUAAGCUUUUGGGGAGUCCCGCGCUCGUUGCAAAGCUGAGUGGUGCGGAGAAGGAGGUUGCGGUGCAGAGUUAUCAGAGGGCGAUUCAGAGUUUGUUGCUAGGUGGGUUUGGGAUUUUGAUUGUGGCGGCGAUUGCGCAGGCAGGGACCGGGUGGACGGCGCCGCCGCCUGAGGAGGAGACGAGUGGGAGAGAAGACGGUGAGGAGAGGAGGGAGGAUUGAUAUCGAGAUGAUUAUUAGGGGAUUGCAUCUUGGUGUUUUGGUGCGGCAUCGAAUUGGAUUUGAUAUUGAUUUUUUGGGUCUUCAUGUCAGAAAUACGGAACAUACCUCAGCAACACACAAACUACCCGCCCUCCUUCCCGUCCCCCUUCCUCAAACCCAAAUUGAACACCAAAACAGAAGACAAAAAGACACUCGACAAGACUGAGAUUCGAACUC